AUGUCGACACAGAACUACGCUUAGCCAAGUCCAAGAUUCAGAACCUGGAAGCUGCUGUCCUGACGCAGUCUGCAGAGUGUGAUCGACUUAAGCUGGUCAAUGCAGAGCUGGAAGAAAAGGCGGAGGCAGCUGAGCUGCAGGUCAAGCACAUCUCCACAGAGUACCGGGCACGUCUGGAGGAGAAGGAGGCUGAAAUCAAUGAAUUACGGCAGUUACAGCUGAGCUCACAAAGCAGCCACAGCCAUGUGCUGACAUCAGACACCCUCCACACCAUCCCCCACUCCUACAGCGACAGUAACCUCCACACAGGAGACGAUCUGGACUUCCACGAUGUCAUCUCCUCACAGAUGGAGAUCAAUCGGCUGUCCAACGAACUGGCUCGCCUGCGAGCAGACUGCCAGCACUGGAAGAACAUGGCUUCCAAACAGGAACAUGCAGAUCCCACCAUCACACCUGAACAGGUGUCCCAGCUGCGCACGGACCUGGAAGACAUGUCUCACCAGGUGCAGGUGUUGAACAAGCAGCUGGAACGUGUGCAGGCUGACAAAUCCAGCCUGUCCCUCCAGAUGACUGAGCUGACAAAGUCCAGGACUGAACUGGCUGAGGAGCUGGCCAGAGGAGGGGAGGAGAGACAGCAGCUGGAGAUGGAGUUGACAGGCUCCAGGUCGGACUGUAAGAGGCUGGAGAAGGAGCUGGAUGUGUACAGGACAGAAAAGACUGAACUUGAAGAACUCGUCACAAGGCUGCAAUCUGAACAAGACAAGCUCCUCCAUGAGAACAAACAGGCCUCCACCAGUACCAUGCUCCAGGACCUACAGGAUGUCAGGGAGAGGUUCAGGCAAGAGUCAGGAGACAGGCUGGCCACCCUGGCAGAGAAGAGGUGUGAUAUCGUCAACGAAAUGGCUGACAUUGGGGAACAGAUAUCAGAGAGCAGGAGUGUGGUUGCCACACUGGAGGCAGACUCUGAUGAGGUUCACCGUCAGACAGUGGAGAUGAUGGAACAGGUGGGCAGUCCGCAGCACAGGGAGAUCACACAGAGGAUCGUGGACUCUCUGGAGGAGGAGAACAGGCUUCUGCACACACACAACCAGCAGCUACUGGCACAGGUGGAAGAGCUGGAACAUUCUGUCUCCUCUCUUGUCAGUGAGAGGGAGCAAGAUGAAGACAUCAUGAUGACUCUCAAUCAAGAGAUCAACACAUUGAAAGGAAACCCAGUUGGUGACAUGACCCUGUUGAAUCAGCUGAGAAGGUCUGACUCUGAACAGACCCUGGGUGCUUCAGCAGACAGCGACACAGAGAGUGCUGUGGAGAAAAACACAUCCCAGUCACAGGGCACAUCAGCCUUAGGCCACAUGCUUAACGUGCAUGAUAACACCAGGCACAAACUCAGCCCUUUCCCCAAGAUGCCAAAUGACGACACAGAGUAUGAUGGGUCAGUCAGCUCACACAUGUCGUCUGAGAGUGACCUGCGGAGUUCAGAUCUAAGUGAUGCUGUAUCCAUUCUUCAGAACCAGGUACAGGAGUAUGAGCGUGAGAUCGAGCACUUUGAGAUGGUGAAAUCUGACUGGCAGAAUGAGAAGGAUGCCCUGGAGUCUGUUCUGGUGAAACUGCGGGACCAGCUGAAGGAGAAAGAGUACAACCUGUCAGUGCUUAUGGCACAAAAGGGUCUGAUGGACCUUGAGAAGCAGCAGGGCGGACAGGACAGUUCUGCGGAGGAGUCGGAGUUGGACUCACAGCUGCAGCAGCUGCGGCAGGAGCUGGAGGAGCUGCAGGAGGCCAAACAGCUGCUGCAGGCAGAACAGAAUGACCUGCAAGAGACUGUGGAUCACUUGAACAUGAGCAGAGAGGACCUAGAGACAUCUGUAGCCAGUCUGAAGGGUAAAAAAGGGAAUGUGGAAAACCUAAGCAUUGAGCUGGAAGGCUUAAAAACUCAGCUGGUGACAAAGGAUGAAGAAUUUAGUAAGGUACAUGAGGAAAAGGAAGUUCUUACCCAGGAGUUAGAAACACUUGAUCAUCAGCAUCAAGAGGCCUUAACGCAUCUCAUUGAAAUCAGGAAUCAGCUGACAGACAAACUUGAGGCAUCUGAGUCAGAAUUACAACAGACUAAAGAGGAAAAGGAUGGUUUAGCUCUUGAGCUUUCAGAAUUGAAAGACCAAAAUGAAACAAACAUAGAACUGCAAAAAGAAGCAAAUCGUGAGAGAGACAAGAUACAACAGCAGAUGUACCUUCAGAAAGAGGAACUUGAAAAUGUCAGGAAAGAGUUAGAAGAUGUCCAACAGAAGUACAGAGAAUACAGGGAGGAGACUGCAGAGUUAGAGGAUAAGGCCGGGGAACUGAAUGAUAAGUUGGAACAGAUGGAGGUGGAGCUGGCAGCACUACGGGAUGAGAGGUGCAGGAUGGAGGCAGACAAUAGGCAGACAGUAUCUCAGCUGGAGCAGGAAGUUCAAAGGUUACAAGAAAGGCUUGAAGAAGCUAGCCAGGCAGUAGAAGAGAACAGGAAGGAGGAAGAAAUGCUCCAAGAACAAGUGGAAGAAGAUGACAGUUUAAGAAGAUCUAGAGAAGAUGAGCUUAAGAGACAACUGCAGGAGUUGCAAGGGAAGAUAGAUGCACUCGGGAAAAGUGUGUUGGAGAAGGACACACUUCUUGAUGCACUUCGGGAGGAAAAAGAAAGUCUCCUGACUGAACUGCACCAGGGGGACAGAAAGCUGGUGGAACAGAGCAGACAGUAUGAAAAGGCCAUCCAGGAACUCACAAGGGCCAAGGACAACGAUGAAGGCUCACUAGAACAGGAGCAUGAAAAACUGGUUAAACUCUGUCAAGAGAGAGAAUUCACCAUCACAGAGUUGACAGCUAAAUGUGAGCAGUUACAGGGAGAUUACGAAGACACCAAAGAGAUGCUGCAGUCAACUGUUGAAGGGCAGGAACAACUAGCUGAGAUGUUGAAAGGCAAGGAUGCUGACAUUAGCAGCCUUAGGGACUUAAACAACUCUCUCAAAAUGGAACAGGAACAGAUGGAAAAAGUGGUAAAAGAAAAAGACUCAGUUAUUGAACAUUUAGAGGGACUUGAAGGACAGAUCACUAGAUUAAGAAAUGAAAAUAUAAGUUUACAGGAUGAGCUGAAACAAAAAAGUGCCUCACAAAGUACUGGAAGUACUCUUGACAUCAUCACUGAGUUGGAAUCUGAGAUCACAGAACUAAACCAAAGGUUGUCAGAGCAGGAUGCUGAUAUCGGGGAAUUAAGUGACAUUGUUGCAGAAAAAGAUACAACCAUCGGACAACUAGAGGAAACAAUAGCCAUGCAAAAGGCAACCUUAGAGGAAUUUGAAAAUAUUGAAAAACAUCAGGAUAAUGAGGUGUCAGAAGUCCAAACAGGGUUGAAAGAGAAAGUGGAAGAUGUGGAAAGUAACCAUGUAUGUCAUUUAGAUGUAGAGGUCCAGACAGAGGAGAAGAUAGUGCCGACAGAACAAUCGUCAGAAAAAGUAAUACCAUGUGAAGAGUGUACAAAACAUUUGCAAUCUUUGGAAGGGAUUGAAGCAGAAAUUCAGAAACUCAGAAAAGAAAAUGUUUCCCUUACCUCACUGUUAGAACAGAAAACAAACGCAGUGGAAAAUGAUAGGAUAAUAAAUGUAGACCAUACCCAGGAAAAGAUUCAUGCUUUGGCUGCAGAGAAAGAGCAGAUAUUGGGGGUACUAAAUGAGAAGAUGCGAGAGUGCAGCAGUUUGAAGGGUGAGAUCCACAGAUUGGUAGAUGAAGUCACAGCAGAUAAAGCUUCUAUAGCACAACUCAAUGAACACAAUAAAAAGCUGUCUGAGCAACUAGAGGGACCAAACAAGGACAUGAGUAAGGAGGCAAUUCAAAAUUUAUCCAGAAUCAUCAAUGAUAAAGACAUGGAGAUUGAAGCACUAAAGCAGAAGUCAGACACAUUGCUUCAAGUGUUGCAAGACAGUGGGGAACAGCAAGGGGGAGCUUCUACUGCCCAGUAUCAUCAGGCUGUACAGGAGAGGGACAUGCUGCAAGGACAGGUCCAUGCCCUGUUGUCUGAGAGGCAGCAGUUGGCCACUGCAAUCAACACACAGUACCAGGACAAUGUGCAACUCCAGGAAGUGGUCAGAACUGUCCAGACAGAGCUCACAAAUGACACUUAUAGUAACACCAACCUGCAGGUGGACUAUAACAACUUGGUUCUGCAGCUGGAAGAAAAACAAAAGGCUCUGAACACUCUGCAGGAAGAGGCACUGAAAAUGAGACAGAUGCUGCAAGACAUUACCAAAGCCAAAGACAGACUAUUUGAAGAUAGAAAACAAACAAACUCCCUUGUAAAUGACAAUCUCCAAGACUUAAAUGAAAGCAUUGAAUCCCAGACAAAAUCUAUCGAGGAGAAAGACUUGAGAAUCCAGGCCUUGACAGAGGAAGUUAGAACUGUGGCUGCAACCCUAUCAAUGAGAGAAGGAGAGGUGACCUACCUGCAGGGACAGGUGCAGUCUCUACAGGCAGAGAUCAGAACACUUCAGGAGGAGAGUGACAGGAACAUACACAGGGCUAACGACAAGGACACAGAGGCACAGACUCGACUGGAGGUCAACAAGAAGCUGACUGCAUUACUGCAGGAGAAGGAGCUGGAGAACACCGGGCUGAGUGAGAGGGUUGGAGUUCUGGAGAGGCUGGUGAAGGAACAUGCUCAGGGCGCCUCACAUGCACAGACUCUUAUGACAGAGGCUGAGGACCAGCAAAAACAGAUCAGUUCCUUGUUGGAGACCAAGAGGCGGCUGGAGGGUGAGGUGGGGAGACUCAGGGAACACCUGCUGCAGGUUGAAGAUGGGUAUACACAAGAGGCACUGCUGGCUGAGGAGAGAGAAAAGGACCUGAGGAACAGGCUGGCCAUAGCUGAGGAGAAAGUCUUUUCAUCUUCCACUGCUGCAGAAAGUGCAAACCUCCAGGCUAGUGCCCAUGUGGAGGACCUGUUGGGACAGAUCCGUGCGCUGACGACCCAGAGAGACACAGCAAACCUGCAGCUGUCCCAGGCACAGGAACAGGUGCAGCAGUAUGCGCUGUCCCUCAGCAACCUGCAGGUCGUCAUGGAGAGGUUCCAGCAAGAAGAGAAGGCCAUGUAUGCAUCUGAGUUAGAGAAGUACAAGAAAGAUGCUGAACUAGCCAGAGGACAGCUGGAGCAGUUGGUUAUCAGAAAUGCAAGUUUGCAGGAGGAACUGGAUGAAGCAAAGGAGGCCCUGGAGGGUGCGGCUCGAUUGACAGAACAGAUGGACAGGAAGGAAGAGCACAUCAUGGCUCUUCAGCACGAAGUGGAUGAGCGUGACCACACAAUAGAGGAGUACCAGCAUAGGUUAGACCAGCUGGCAUCCAGCAACGAGGCAAGCGUGGAAAAGCUUCUGGUGAAGAACCUACUCAUAGGGUACUUCAUGGCACCCCCCAACAAGAAACCUGAUGUCCUCAAGCUGAUUGGCAGUGUUCUGUCCUUCGACAUGGAGGAAAUGGAGAAGGUUGGAGCAAUGCCCAGGAAAGGAUGGCUGACGGGAUGGUGGGGAAAGAAGGACACCUCUCCUACCCAGCAUCCUCCAUCAUCUCCAUCAGCAGCCAGGGGUGACACCUCUCAGCUGGACUCUUCCUUUACCCAGAUGUUUGUGAAGUUCCUGGAGACUGAGUCCACGCCCACACUUCAGCCCAGGCUGCCUGCCGAGGAGAUGGCACGGGAACAGCAGCAGAGAAGGAAGGUUGGGAAUGAAGGACUGGCGUUCAAUCCAUUCACUGCACCGUUACGGUCCUCGACUGCACCUGCCACGUCAGGCCCAGGGGACGCCCAUCCGCUGAUGAAGACAGUGCCUGUCCCAAUGUUGACCUCUGCACCUCUGCUGGUGCCUGAGUCAGGCAAUGCAAUAAAGACUGCACAAGGCACCACCUCCAAGAACAGUGACAAUGUUCUCAGGGAAAUUCUACAGCAAUGAUUACCCCUGCUUCCAGAAAGUUUCUCCUCUACUUUGUCAAACUCAUUGGUCAUAUAUUAUUACUGGGCUGAAAAUAGGAAAUGUGUCAACACUUUGGUUCAAGUUUUAUGAAAGAUACACAUAAUUUUCAGUCAUUAAAAUGUAGCUUUAGCUUCAGUCCAUAUGGUCUUGGUAUUCAACUUGGUUCAUUAUCUUUAGUUUAUGUAAAAAAAUAUAUUGAAGAGCUAAUAUGUGUUAAGAGCUAAAUCCAACAUUUUCUUGAUAUCUUUAAGUAAAUGAGUACAAAUUUAGAAAUGUUCUAAAAGUUGUGUUGUUUGUAAAUUUGCAUGAAUAGUUUAUUUAUUUAUACCAUAGUGACCAACUUUGCUCUGUAAUGACACUCAGUGUUAUUAAGAAGAGUCUGUUGCACCAAGUAAGUGUGAUUUUGUUCACAGUAGGGCAAAUUUGCAAACCUUGUUCCCUUGUUACAUCUGCCAACUCAUCUGUUCAUCUGUAGUCCAAGUAUAUGUUGCACUUAUUGUGCCUGUACAUUUGCUUGUGUCCCUUUUGAGAGGAACAAGUUGUGAUCAGAGUGCAGUUAACAGGCCUUUCAUGGCACAGUUGAUACAUGUUCCAGUAGGGAGAAGAGUUUUAACACAACAGAAUGAUUUAUUGAGUGAUCUACACUUAUGAUCACAUUCUAUACAGCCUGUCUCUUUGAGCUGCUUAUUGGCACUGCAAAUGUGAAGGUCUAAGAGGAAUGACACUAUUUUAUUUCUUUGGCUGCCAGAGAGUUAUUCUUUCACUUUGAAUGUCUAGUUUGAUGUCAGAAUAUCUAUAGUAUUAAAAGAGAUUUGAAAAAAAAAUCACUUUGUAUAUUUCUGGAAAAGGUGUUAGCACAGCCAGCAGACCUUGAUAAUUUGAAACACUAUUUCUAUGUGACAUUACGUCUUAUUACUGGUCAACAAUUAGAAAAAGAAUACCUGUCAUAGUUUCUGUUUGUUCCUACCUUCAAGUACUAAGACGUUGAAUUGGACCAAACACAAAAACUUCUCAGUUGAGUUGUUGAGAAGAACACAGAUAGGUCAUUUUAUCUUUGGCAUGAAGGGCUGUUACAUUGCCAUCAUAGGCAGUUGUGGGUAUUUUGGAAAUGAUGUUCAAAUAGUAUUCUUUAUUCUUUCUAUGUGGUAAUUUCUGUGUAUGAAGUUUUAAAAGUUGAAGCACAUAUCUGUGCAAUACAUAUAAUAUUUGAGAAGAGCUUGUUCAUAAAGCUUAAUGCAAAUGCAUCCCAGAUGAAUUAAGGACAAGGAACACAUAAUGCCAAAUGACCAGCACUGCAAACAUAUUUGCCAGUUUCUGGAUAUUUCACAAUUCAGUCUUGCUUGAAAUAGACAACAUGACACAUAUAUUUGGUUUGAAUUUUCAUAGAUCUGAGGUGCAAUGGCUAACUUAUUAAUGAUGAAACAGACAUCAAGUCUUGAGUACUUAUUGAUAAUCACAAAUAUGACAACAGACGUUUUGUAAGACCAUUUAGUCCGUCAUAAAACAUGCCAUGGGGGCAUAUGUAGUGCCCAGGGGAACAUCCCCUGCACUAGUAGUGUUGGAUGCCAUCAGAACAAACUCAAGCUCAACUCCUAUUGUCUUUAGACUCUGAUAAGUUACACCAGCCAGAACAUACAUGUAAGUCAUUUCAAAUGUGAAGAAAUUAACUUAAUGUGGUUCCCAGGCAAUAUUAGGACAAUCUGUUGCUUAACGAUUGGGGAAAAUUUGUGAUUUAUGUUAAGAGGAGACCCUGUCCACAUUAUGCCUUAGAAAUGGGACAGUUCAUAGGUGUAUAUACAGUAGUGUACAUAUUUGUAUAUUAGGGAGUUAAUUGUUGGCUGAAUUGUAAAAUAAAGUAUUUUGAAAUGA